AUGAUCCAAGAUAAUAUCUUAGUAUCUCAUGAAGCUUUUCACUCUUUGAAAUUGAAGAAGGUAGGGACUGUUGGUCACAUGGCUAUAAAACUUGAUUUCAAUAAAGCUUAUGAUAGAAUAAAAUGGGAUUUCUUGGCUGCAGUCUUGAAGAAGAUGGGUUUUCAUUCGAUGUGGGUCCAAUGGGUUAUGGAAUGUGUAUCAACUAUAAGCUUUUCAGUCUGUGCUAAUGGCGAGAAGAAGGCCUCUUUUAUUCCCACCCGUGGGCUUCGCCAAGGGGAUCCUCUAUCUCCGUAUCUCUUUAUUUUGGUUGCAGAUGUACUCUUCAAUCUUCUCCCUAAGAACCUUAGAGAAAGGCAAAUUUCUGGAUUCAAGAUUGCAAGUUCCAUUUGUGCUAUAUCUGGUCUUAAAGUUUCACACUCAAAUGCAAGAUACUUGGGGCUGCCCUCAUUUAGGGGAAGGUCAAAGCCGGAGGCCUAUGAGUUUCUCAUUGAAAAAGUAGUGUCAAAACUUCAGGGUUGGAAGAUGAAAUUGCUCUCGCAAGUUGCAAGGGGAAACUUUGAUAAAGGCGGUAGUACAGACGAUUCCCUUGUCCCCUCUCAUCCUGAUUUUGGAGUAACCUCUUUGAAACCUGUGGGUUACGAGACUGAGAGAAUGGAGGAUGCUAUUAAUACAAACAAAAGCUGGAAACUGGAUGUGACUCUGAGAUACAAGCUAUUACCUUUAUCCUUAUUGCUUUGGCCCCUAUGGAAGAUUCUCAAGUUUGGCAUUAUGAAUCAAAAG